UACUGGUCAGUGGUCUGUGAUAGUUAUGGCGGAACCACAGUUUGGGAAGGACGUGUUACACGGCAAAACUGAUGAAAAUCCUAAUCCCGAUUCAAAGGAUCAUGUUUAUCUUGAAGAAACAUUUUAUAUACUUACCAAGAAGAAAUCCGUGUUCCGUGUCCGGUUAACAUCGAAAGGCCUCUCUCUAAUAAAAGAAACCGACGAUUAUUCGAAAGAGCAAACGAUUCUUUUGCGAGACAUUAUCGGCAGCAAAUGUAUGAGAAGUAAAAGACGCCGUGUCGGUGCCGGUUCCUGUGUGUGCAGCUCCCUCGCUGGUCACCAUCUCAAGGUAGUGGAUGAAAACAGUGGCGACCUUGACGAGAGCGAUAUCAGUGCUUAUCUAUACAUUUACGCGUACGUUCUAAAGCGCAGUCGCCGCACUCACAAGCGGGAGAGAACAACAAUAACAUUGCGAUUCAGAUCGUACGACAGGUACGAAGACAACAACAGGGAGGCGCAGAAGUGGCGGACUACUAUCAAAUGUUUGUUGGCGGACUUGCCCGUCUCAUAUGCGUUGCCGCACAGUGAAAAGAAGCUAUUGAUAUUGUUGAACCCAAAGUCGGGUCCUGGGAAGGCGAGGGAGUUGUUUCAGACUAAAGUUGCGCCUAUUUUGCAAGAGGCCGAGGCUUCUUACGACUUGCACGUGACAAAGUAUGCCAAGUAUGCUCGUGAGUUUGUUCGCACGAGGAAUGUGUACGCCUGGCGUGGCAUCGUGGCGGUGGGCGGCGAUGGGGUGUUGUUUGAGAUCCUCAACGGAAUGUUCGAGCGGCUGGAUUGGCAGCAGGCUCUGGCGGAGGUGCCGCUGGCUAUCCUGCCCUGCGGCUCGGGAAAUGGCCUGGCAAGGACCAUCUGCCACCACUAUAAUGAACCUUAUAUCCCUCAAAACCUGACGGGGUUAUCUAUGUCACUGGCGAGAGGAAAAACAGCACCUAUGGACGUCAUUAGAGUCGAAACUAAAUCAAAAAUAAUGUUUUCGUUUUUAUCGGUCGGCUGGGGCUUGCUAUCAGACAUCGAUAUAGAAAGUGAAAGAUUAAGAGCCAUCGGCGGGCAGAGGUUCACGCUUUGGGCACUGGCGAGGCUGGUCGGAUUGAGAAAGUACAAAGGCGUGGUGAGUUACUCCAAAAUAAAGGAUAUCAGCAAUCUUCCGAAGCCGAAACACCCGCUGACGAUCGGUCACAGCGUGAGUCAAGACGACGCGCUCGACUCGCCCGACGUGGAGGCGUUCUUCGAUUGCGACGAGAACUCGGAAGUGUUUGCCAAUGCGGUCAACGGUAAGAGACACCAGCGAGUGGACUCCUGGUACUCGGUGAAUUCUAGAAGAAGUGCGUUCUACAGUACUCGAGGCUCGGACUACCACAGCGUCACGAGCAGUGGCUCCGAGAUGCGGUCGCCGGUUCACGCGUGCAUGCACGGCCCCGCUUCCCACUUACCCUCGCUCGUGUCCCAGUUGCCAUCGCAUUGGGUGCACGAGGAAGGGGAGUUCGUCAUGGUUCACGUCUCCCACCAGUCGUAUAUCGGCGAGGACUUAUUUUUCGCGCCGAGCUCCCUCCUCUCGGACGGAGUAAUGUGGAUGCUCAUCAUCAAAGCCGGAAUAUCGAGAUCUCAAGUGUUAUCAUUCCUAAUAGGCAUGAGUCAGGGCAAUCAUUCGGAUGCGAAUAAUGAAUAUAUUAAAAUGGUUCCUGUUAGUGCGUUUAGAAUAGUACCCGAGGGUCCGAAUGGCUAUCUCACCGUGGACGGCGAACUGGUCGAGUACGGACCCAUUCAAGCCGAAGUAUUUCCCAAUAUAGUUAAUAUCAUGGUGCCAGACACAAAAUAACGUUUAAUAAACCUUUUAAUUUAGUAUUAAUGACCGUUUAGGUACCUAAUAGUUCAUUAAAACGAAUUUGCCGAGCCGUUUGUGCGAUAAAAAUAUUAAGUAAAUAUCAGUAACAGAUGUUAAUCAAUAUAUCUGAAAUGGUUGUGCCAGAAGACACAUAUAAGUAUACUUACAUACUGUUUAGUAUUACAUUAAAGUACGUGUGUCUUUUAAGGAAGAGUACCUACUAUUAGACAUAAUAAAUAUGAUAUUUAAAUAAUUGGGAAAAUGUGCAUUGUCCAUAACUAAUGUCCUUUUUGUCCUUGUUUAUUAAGUUGAAUUAAAAUUAUAAAAGAAUGAUUUUUGCAAUUAAUUGUAUACAGCUAAAAUUGUGAUAAUAUUUUUAAGUAGAUCGAUUAAUUCGGUAAAAAGACACGUAAUUAAUUAGUACUAGUCAAUGCUGCGAGAACUACAAAGACGAUGCCAAAUAUCGAGCGCUCUAAAACUUAACAUCCAAGGAAUUGUUUCAAAACUUAUGUGUGUAACUCUAAAGUGUUUAUUAAUCAAAGUGAUGCUCAAAUGUAGGGCAAUUGAAUACAAAUUGAGCACUGCACCUUGUAUUAAAUUAGCUAUAAGUAUUAAGUACUUGAAACAGUUCGUUAUAAUUUAGGCAAUUGUUCACCACAUGUCAUUUUUCGUGUUGGUUCACUAAGUGGUUUCUGUUAUUAAGGGUAGGUGAAUACUUUAUGAAUACAUAAAAUGUACUAAUAAUAUGGGUUUCUUUACCAUUUUGUGGUACCAACCUUUAAACACAUUACUGUAAAUUCUUGUAAAAGAUUGUAUUUGAAUUUGAAAAUGGCUAUAGCCUAGUGGUUGGCACAUCAGACUUUUAUUCUUUCUUUAUAC